CCUGAGUCUGCGCGUCGGCUCUGCGCUCGCGCAACCGCACCAACCACGCGCACGAAACUUUUAAUCCGUUAUUUUAAUAUCUGUUUUUAAAUAUAAAGCUUAUUUAAAUAAAAACAAUUUAAGGGAUGUGACUUACACUAAUCUUAUUUGUCUAUAUAUAAUAGGUAACUCUUAAGCGUGUAGUUUACCGAUAGGAUAAGAUUAGUAGCGAGAUAACGGCCCUAAAACAACAGCUCAAACUCUUGAGACAGAGUGAUACGCGAUCAACAAAUAUCAUAAGGAAUUGAACUUAUCUACAGUGUAAGCGGUUGUAAAACACGGUUGAAAAUCAAGAAAUGUAUACAAAACUAAAAUAAUUGUUAUAAAAAGUGUCUGUGUUAAUAGAAGUGUUAAAAAUGGUGAAAAUUUAUAGGAAAAGUGUUUCCCUGUCAGCCCUAUGGGUGUCUUCAAACGAGAGGCUAAGCGAUUUUUACGCGUCGUCAUGGCAACGAGGCGAGUGCCCGAUACCGAUGCUGGUGUUGAGGGUGCUGUUUACUGGAGUGGCGCUGGCGAUCCUCAUAUGGUCACUGAUUGAGGCUCCAACCCCUUACUGGCUGAUCUACCUCACAAACUGGGGCCUGAUGCUGGUGACGAGCCUAUUCAUGUGCGGUAUUUUAGUGUCUUCCAUGGCAAUGUACAACAAAUCCUACGAGACAAAGGAACUGCCAUGGUACGCCAGCCUGUACUGGGCGGUAUUUAACAUCAGCAUAACUAUCUCCAUCAUGAUCACUGCGCUUUACUGGCUACUAUUAUACAACACUGGCGUGGAAGAUGAGACGGAUGAGCGUGCGUUUUGGCUGGACGUGUCGACACACGGUAUCACGUCAUGCCUAGCAGUUGUCGAGCUUUUGUCGUCGCGGACUCCGGUUCGCUUCCUACACGUGUACCAGCCGCUCAGUAUGGGGCUUUGGUACGUUGUCUUUUCCGGCAUCUACCACGUGGCCGGAGGCACCGAUGUAAAUGGGAAUCCGUUUAUCUACGAAAUACUGGACUGGUCACAGAGCAAACGUGCGGGUAUCAUAGUCGCAGCGUCUAUGGUAGGUCUCAUCAUAGUGUAUGCCUUCAUUUGGGGCAUCGCUUUGUGUAGAGAUAAGGUGUCCACAUACUUAAUACGUACGACGAGCCACGACUUGCCUGCUGCACCGCCCGACAGACACACAAGAAUCGUCUGAAGUAAUUUUAACAACAUACUUAAGGGAGUCAAGAUACAAACCUCGUUGAAUGCAACCCACAACGCUAUGUGAUAACAGAAAUAUGCAUUUCGUGGGAAUUCAAUAGCUGAAAUUUUAUAUUCUCGCUGCUAGAGGCGUUGUUGUAUUUAUUAACAUAUCUAUGACAUGUUUUUCUCUCAGUGAGUGGUUUUCGAAUAAGGUGCCUUAUCAGAUGUAAUAUUUUAUUAAUCAUAUUAUUAGCUAAUAUUAUGUUUAGGUACUUUUUCAUAGAAGCUUAACUAAUAGGUUACAAAAAUGUACAAAUCUAUUUGAAACUUCCAAGAGAUGUUAUUAUAUUUUAUGUAAAAGCAAAUCGUUUACCCAUGUCAGAAUAAACUAAAAUUUUCGGCAAUCAUUUUAUUCAACAAAAUGUACAUUUAUAUUAUAUACUUAAAAGUCUGACGUGGGUAAACCGACUGGGUGCAGUACUUAAUUUUUCGAACAGACCUUUCGUUCAAUUUUGUUGAAAAUUGAACUGAAAGGUUAAUGUGUUUCAAACACGUAUCACGAAAUAUUGUAUAUUGUAGGUAGUAGGUAGUAUUAGUAGGUAGUAUACUUAAUGAUUUAAUGUUCUAUGUAAAUAUGUUUUAUAAGAGAUACCUACAUACUCGUAUUAAAUCCUGUUUGCGUGUGAAA